CUUGAAUUUAGUGAAAGUUGUAGCCAGCCAUCCACGCAGUCGCCUAAACAAACACAGAACAACCAAGACAUGAGCGGCUCUAACUCUCGGAACAAGACGGUAGCCACAGUUAAUGGACCGGACACCGAUAUGGGGCCGGCUGCAAAUUCCAGGGAGCGAAAGUCCGGUGGAGAUGUGAUGAAUAGACUCAAGUCGCGACGAAAUCAAACUGAUAAACAGCGGCCUGUUACAGAAGAGGAACUCAGGGCGCUAGGAAGAGACAUCACACCAGAUGAAAUCCUUGGUCUGUGUGCUGUUACACGGGAUUAUCUAUGUAAACCUGAGGACAAUGUCUACAAUAUUGACUUCACACGUUUCAAGAUCAGAGAUCUGGAGACUGGGACAGUGCUAUUCGAGAUUGCUAAACCUCACAACUGUGACCCUGAAGAUGAGGAGAAUGGAGACGGAGACACCAGUGCUGGGCGCUUUGUGCGGUAUCAGUUUACACCAGCCUUCCUCAGACUGCGGACUGUUGGUGCAACUGUGGAGUUCACCGUGGGGGACCAGCCUGUUAACAGCUUUCGCAUGAUAGAGAGGCAUUAUUUCCAGAAUAAAGUUCUCAAGAACUUUGACUUUGACUUUGGAUUCUGCAUCCCAAACAGCCGCAACACUUGCGAACACAUCUAUGAGUUUCCCCAGCUCCAUGAGGACCUCAUUUGCCUAAUGGUGGAGCACCCGUAUGAGACCAGGUCAGACAGCUUCUAUUUUGUGGACAACAAACUGAUCAUGCACAAUAAGGCAGACUACGCCUACGAUGGGGGCCAGUAGUGCCUGAAGAUUAGCUUCUUGUGUGCAAUGCAACGCAGGGGUCACAUUGCCCCUGAAUACAACCAUCCAUGUUGCCCUUUUGGGAACAGGAGUGUACUUUCUCCACUUCAGACAUUCCAACAAACCUUACCAGUCCCAGGUUUGGGAAAACAGGACCAUAUCUGCCUUUAAAACAAGUUGCUUCAUUUAUUUGAUACCUCGUACCCAUCUAUUGCUGGGACUCAUAGGAAACUCUUGUCAAUCACUCUUUUGUAAUGUUGAACAUGUUUUCCUUUGAAUCUUUUCUAAUGUUUCCACAUUUUAAAUGGUUGCUUUACUGCUUAUUUCAAUCUGCCUUGAGUUCAGUAUUUGUUGCAAUAUCCUUGUUUUUGAGUUGUACUGCGUUUAGUCCACUCUGUUACCAGACAGCUCGACAGGGAAAAGGGAACAUUACAUGAUCCCAAUCUGAAUGUUGAAUACCGGUCAUUUUUAGCCUGUAAAAUGAACACUGAUUGAAGUUGA